ACCGUUGAUGGUUUCAAUCACGGCGAACAGCAUAGUUUUUUCAUGCUGCGAUGUCGUAUGUUCCUCUUGGUAGUUAUAAUGUGGACCUGUUCUCCGUCGAAAGGCACCUAAACACACUUCACGUCCUUGCAUUUCGCAACCAUGUCAAACAUGUCUGUCCCCGUCGCACCCUCAGAGCUUAACCGCCAAAGACUCAAAGCUCUUCUCGACUUCUAUGGCGUCGAGACUGUCGAAGAACUUAAUGCUAAAGACGACCCCGAAUACUGGAAAGAGAAGCAGUGGGACUCAUGGAGGUGGAACUUGCGCGAGUGGGGUUGCUACUGUCAGACUUUCGACAUGACCCAACCAAAAGACGGAAUCUACCCUCUCAUCGACCACUACAGCGGUGUCCGAGGCUUCUCUCGUGACGAAACCGGCGAGGUUUACCACGAGAAGCGUUACCAGAAGGCUACCGGUGAAGAGCACAGGAGAUAUGCUCUUCCCAAGAGUGAGAAUCUCCUCGAUGAUGGUAUGGCGUGCCUACCAGAGGGCCCAAUGGCUGCCAACCUCCGCCUGUUCGCUUUCCCCCCUACCGGUCACGGAUCAGUUUUCGUCAAGCAGAUCAAAUGGGGUGCUCCCUUCUUCGGCGAGCUUGUCUUCCAACCCAACGACCAGAUCCGUGUCGCCGUCUUCCCCUUCUUCUCCACUCCCACCACCCCUGAUGCCAAAGGCGCCUUACUCCGUAUGUCCGUGCUAAGCCCUUCUCGAAAUCGCAGCACUGGAUGAACGACGCUGGUAGUGCAGUGAUCAAGGAGAUUGAUCUCGAAGCAGCUGCCAAAUUCGUGUUCCCUUUCCCUGGCCAGAUUGCCAAAGGAUUCGCUGUUGAGGGCCACAUUAGCAGCGGCCUCAACGCCACUGUCACCGACGGCAAGGUCUUCAGUAUGGAUGACUUGUCUGAGGGUGAAGACUCUCGCUUUUACUUGCUUCAGCAGACAAUCGUCUUGAACGUUGUCCAGCUUCCUCAGCAAGGCAAGCCCGUGGCUGCGAAAUGGCGGUUGUUGUACAGGAUAUCCAAGAGGCUUCUCGUUGGAGUGAUCACUUUCAACGGAGAGACCUUGAAGCAAGAGCCUGAGAUGCACGAGUACUCUUAUGAGUAGAGGUAUUACU